AUGCAACGAAUCAAGUCCAGAAAAUCGGGAGGUGUGUCCCAACAACGAAUUGCUCUCACCGGUAGUGAUCACGGCUCAAUCAUGAAGACAUAUUUUGGUGAAGAUGAUGCACCAGGUAUUAAAGUGUCCCCAACAACUGUUCUCGUUGGCAGCUUGGUUUUCAUCUUCUCAGUAAUUGUUCUUCACUUCUGGGGAAGAUUCUUCAGCUAA